AGAGUAGGGAGGAGCGAGGGAUUGGGCAGGCACCCAUUACCACAUGUUGUGGAUGACCUUGAGUUCCUCUCACUUUUCCACUGACAAGCAGAGGAAUAGGUAAUUUCAGUAGUUUCAAGAAAACAACUAAGUGCAUCACUAUGGAUGGCGCUGACGACACAGUUGAAGAUCCUGUGGAGAUGUGUCGAAAUUCAGAGGAAGAAGAAGAAGCCUCUUCUUGGUGCUUGUGGCUAAAAAGCUUCAAUUCAAGAAGAUACUGCGAUGAAUUGGUUCAACUUUUCAAGCUUGCAGGACCAGUGAUCUUAUUCCAGGUGAUGGUCUUCAUGAUCAGUACCGUCAGCAUGAUAUUCUGUGGCCACCUGGGCAAAACAGAAUUUUCAGCUGUAUCACUGGCAAUUGCGGUGGUUAAUGUGACUGGUAUUGCCAUUGGAACUGGAUUGUCCUUAACUUGUGAUACUCUCAUAUCCCAGACAUUUGGAGGCAGACAACUGAUGCGUGUAGGUGUUAUACUUCAGAGGGGAGUUCUGAUUCUGCUCUUGGCUUGUUUCCCCUGCUGGGCUGUCCUUAUCAACACUGGACCACUUCUAAUCGCAGUCAAACAGAGCCCAGAGGUUGCUAAUUUGGCACAACUUUAUGUGAAGAUCUUCAUGCCUGCUUUGCCGCCGGCAUUCAUGUACCAGCUGCUGGGCAGAUACCUUCAGAACCAGGGCAUUAUUUGGCCUCAGGUCAUAACUGGUGCAAUUGGAAACAUCCUGAAUGCAAUGAUCAAUUACGUCCUUCUCCAUUGUCUGGAUUUGGGUGUUGCUGGUUCUGCUGCAGCCAAUACAAUCUCCCAGUAUGUUUUGCCUGCCCUCUUACUGGCCUAUAUUUACUGGAGGGGUUUGCAUAAAGCCACGUGGGGAGGCUGGUCACUCGAAUGUCUCCAAGAGUGGGGACCCUUUGCCAAGUUGGCCAUCCCAAGCAUGUUAAUGUUUUGUAUGGAGUGGUGGGCUUUUGAAGUAGGAGGAUUCCUUGCUUCCUACAUUAGUGAAGUCGAGCUGGGAGCCCAGUCCGUGAUGUAUCAGCUGACGGUUGUAUCUUUCAUGAUCCCAAUGGGACUGUCUGUUGCCGCUAGUGUUCGAGUUGGAAACGCUCUUGGCGCAGGAAACCGUGAGCAAGCCAUUCUGUCUUGCAAAGUCUCCAUCAUCUGUGCAUCUGUCGUGGCAUGUUGUGUUGGAAUUAUCCUCACCCUUUCCAAAGAUGUAAUUGGUUACAUUUUCACCACCGACCCGGACAUUUUGAAAAGGACUGCUGAUGUCAUGGUCCUUUUUUUCUUCAUGCAUCUUGCCGAUUCUAUUGCAGGUGUGAGUGGAGGUGUCUUUCGAGGAGCUGGAAAACAAAAGGUUGGUAUGUUUUCCAAUCUGGUGGGACACUACCUCAUUGGCUUUCCCAUCGGUGUGACCCUAAUUUUUGCAACAGAGAUGGGCGUCGUAGGACUUUGGAUUGGUCUUACCCUCUGUGUAGUACUGCAGGCUAUUUUCUUUGUCUUGUAUUUGUGCAAACUUGAUUGGAGAAAGGCUACUGAAGAGGCUCAGCUGAGAGCAGGAGUCCAGAUCAUAAAUGAAGGCAUGGCGAUGGUAGUCUGUCAGCCAGAAUCAAACACUGAACAGGUUGCUGGUCCUCGUCUUUCACCAAGAUGCGAGAGCACUGCAGAGGGCCGGCGUGAAACUGCAUCCACUCAAAUCCGUGAUGCUCUCAGUGUAAAGCAGCUGUUCAUACGUCGUGGUUUGAUGUUUCUUGUCAUGGUUGUCAUCUUAGUGAUUGGAAUCAUUUCUAAUCACUUCCUUGUCAGAAACCUGAACUGAGUUUUGUCUUGGUUUGUAAUUUGCAUUAAUUAGUUAAACACUGGAUGACUCAUUCGUAGUGAAAUAAUUUUGUAGUAAGUUUUAAUUUUCAUGUGUCUUCAGUAAAUCAGUAAAUUUGAGUAAAUUGUGAUUAUAGAGUAUUUAAAAUUAUUUCUGUGAAAUAAUAGUUUAUAGUUUAAAGUAGGGCUGUCAAAAAUAUCGCGUUAACGGGCGGUAAUUAUUUUUUUAAAUUAAUCAUGUUAAAAUAUUUGACGCAAUUAACGCACAUGCCCCGCUUGUUACUUGUUUUUGGUGUUUGGCGCCCUCUGCUGGUGCUUGGGUCCAACUGAUUUUAUGGGUUAGUACCAUGAGUGAGCAUAGUGUAAUUAUUGACAUCAACAAUGGCGAGCUACUAGUUUAUUUUCUGAUUGAAAAUUUUACAAAUUUUAAUAAAACGAAAACAUUAAGAGAGGUUUUAAUAUAAAAUUUCUAUAACUUGUACUGACCAUUAUCUUUUAAGAACAACAAGUCUUUCUAUCCAUGGAUCGCUGUAAGAGAAUGUUAAUAAUGUUAAUGCCAUCUUUUUGAUUUAUUGUUAUAAUAAACAAAUAGAGUACUUAUGUACCGUAUGUUGAAUGUAUAUAUCCAUCUUGUGUCUUAUCUUUCCAUUCCAACAAUAAUUUACAGAAAAAUAUGGCAUAUUUUUUAGAUGGUUUGAAUUGCGAUUAAUUACGAUUAAUUAAUUUUUAAGUUGUAAUUAACUCGAUUGAAAAUUUUAAUCGUUUGAAAGCCCUAGUUUAAAGUAAUAAUUUAAUAAUCAUUUGCACUUUUAAACUUUUCCACUAAUUAAUUAUUGAAAUAAAGGGCCAAUGGUUCAAGCUAAGCAGUAACAGACAAAAUAACACCUUGUAACAUAUUUUGUUCCCAGGUUCUAAGUGGUAUUUCCUAGUAUGUUUCGUCGCAUUGAAAUAUAAAAACACUUCUUUUUCCCAAAAAGUUUGGGUUCGUGGUCACGACUUUGAAAUUCUAUUCUCCACUUUUCUUUACCAUUGUACUUUCUAAUGCUUUUAUAUAUACGUGAAUUUCUAUACAUAUGUACCAUAGACUUAAUAAUCUAUUGACAUGCACAGACGGUACACAAGAAAGCCCGCAAACAGUUUGCUGAAAACAUGUCAACAAAGCACAUGGAUUACUGGGAACAUGUCCUAUGGUCUGAUGAGACGGGCGGGCUUUCUUGUGUACUGUCUUCUGAAGAGGCAUCCUCCUGGGGAGAUAGCCAUGCACACCAAUUUGAUGUAGAGUGUGGCGUAUGGUCUGAGCACUAACAGGCUGACCCCCCACCUCUUCAAUCUCCGCAGCAAUGCUGACAGCACUCCUGUAACGAGUCACAUGACAUUUUGGAGGGAAAAUGACAAGCAGUACUCAAUUUGGACAUUUAGUGAUGUAUGUAGUUUCUAAGGGGUGUACUCACUUUUGUUGCCAGGGGUUUAGAUAUUAAUGGCUAUAUUUUGAGAUAUUUUGAGGGGAAACUAAAUUACCUCUAUUAUAUAAGCUGCACACAGACUACUUUUCAUUGUGUCAAAGUGUUGUUUUAUCAGUGUUGUCCCAUGAAAAGAUAUACUUAAAUAUCUGCAGAAAUGCAAGGGGUAUACUCACUUUUGUGAUACACUGUACAUGGACUUGCAAGUUCAUUGCAUACAAGAGUUGCUCAAGUCAAAGAGGGACUCCUUUGUUAACAUUGGUGUUGAUAUUUUUGGGGAGAAAUUUAUUGUAGUUUGUUUAUUGUUCAUAUUCUUUUGAAACACUGUAUUUUGAGUUACUCUGCAAGAAUAUGUAUUGUUGUCAUCAUUUUAAUUGUCUUUAUUCACAUUUCAGAUCACCAUUAAUUAUAUUAUUAUUAUUAUGUACGGUAUUAUUAUAUUACUAUAAAGCUAUUUUUUAUUCAAAAUGCACUGUAACACCCAACUGACUAUUAAUAAACUUUCAGCCUACUAAUACCCCCCCCCCCCAAAAUAAAUAAAUAAAACAAAAUCUUAACACAAUUGUGUGUUUGUAAUUUGUAUCUUGUUAGUGAAUCUAUAGCAGUCCAACUUUAUGAUUCUCCUUAAAACUAACAACCAACAAACAAUGUAUGAAAUGAUGCAUCUUGCAUUAAAGUACAAAUUUAUUAUCAUGCAAGUUCUGGAGAGAGGGAGUGACAUUUAGUCAUCAUGUGGUUGGUGCCUGUCAUGGUGACAAUCCCUCAACCAGUCAUGUGUGGAAUAAAAGUGAUUUCAGAGCCUUAAAUAAAUAAAUAAAUAAAAAAAUUAAUUUAAAAAAGAUUUAAAAAAAAAAAAAAAAAACUAAAAAGUAACAAAACUAACACUUCAUUUUUUUCAUGGUUGAGCAGGAGAAAGUUCUUCCUCAUCUGAGAUUUGAUGUCUUCAAUGGAUUUUUAGAACGAGCAUCAUUUGGACUGGUGUACCUUCUCGGGUGACCAAAUGUCCCGUUUUACGUGUGACAGUCCCGCAAAUUGUUUUAAUCUUUCUAUGUCUAUUCUAUUCUCCCUCAUUGUGUCAUGGCAUUUGAAACGGCUUGUGUUGCAAAUUUGCGAAAUCAGAGACUGGCAGAUCCUAAAAAUGGUGUCAGUCAAUUGCUUUGUCCUAUGGAAGCUUUAGCUGAAAAACUAAUGUCAGAGAUCAUUUAGCCUCUAAAUAUCACAUCUCUGAGGGUAGAUGCAUGCUAUGAGCUGAUAAAGACGGGCAUUGUCACUCAUCAGCCAUUUUGUGUCAGAGCUAUUCAAUAAAAUAGCAUCAUAUUCAGUUGAACGUGUACUUUGAAAUAGUUAUAGGUUGCUCAUUGACAAUUUUCAAAAGGUUUUCAAAUU